UUUAAUCGUAAUAUAUACAUACGUCAAGAUGGUGGAACCAAUUUUUGACUAUCAAUUUCGCCUGAUACUUAUUGGUGACAGUACAGUCGGAAAAAGUUCGUUGCUGAAAUAUUUUACUGAUGGGAAGUUCGCAGAGCUUUCAGAUCCAACAGUAGGAGUAGAUUUUUUUGCUAGAUUAAUUGAAGUAAAGGAUGGAACAAGAAUAAAAUUACAGUUAUGGGAUACAGCUGGCCAAGAAAGAUUUAGGUCAAUUACAAAAUCAUACUAUAGAAACUCUGUUGGUGCCCUGCUUGUGUAUGAUGUAUGUAACAGAGCAAGUUUUGAACAUAUUCCUCAGUGGAUGAUGGAAGCUCGUAGACAUAUUGAGCCACAUCGCCCUGUAUUUGCAUUGGUAGGUUGUAAAUUAGAUUUAGUUACCAAUGGAAGUAGGCGAGAAGUUUCAAAGGAAGAAGCAAGAGCUUUUGCUGAUCAACAUGGUGUACAUCACAUUGAAACCAGCGCAAAGACUGGAGUUAAUGUUGAAGAAGCAUUUCGAACAGUUACACAGGAAGUUUAUAAUAGAAUACAGACUGGUGAAUAUAAGGUAGAAGAUGGUUGGGAUGGAAUAAAAACUGGAUUUGCUAGGCCUGGUGGUUUAGAUUUUAAUCUAGUCGAAGCAGAACCUGCAAAAUCCUCUUGUUGUUAAGUUAAAAUUUAAUUUGUUAUAAAAGCAAACAAUGUUCAGAAUGCAGUGGCACUAUUCAUGUUCCGUAAGUUUUUCUAAAUCUUGAGACAUGUAUAUUAAGAGAGAAAAAGACCGAGAGAAUACAUUCAAAUUUCCAUAUCAAUUUUAUUUUACAAACAUAAAAGAAAAUUCUAUUCUUUAAUAAUUACAUUCCACUGCAUUCUCGUUUUAGAAGAAAGAUUUACAACAAAUUUAAAAUGUGUAUAAAUCUUGAUUAGACAUUUUUGUACAUAGCUUGUAUAAACGAAUGAUUAUAUGUCAUUGAAGUACAUAGGCAUUGAACUAUGACUGUUUAUUAUCUUAUUUAAGGAAUAAAAUAUCUCAAUGUAAAGAAAGUUCAUGUUCAUAGUAUAAAUGUAGCUAUAGCAUUUUUAUGAAUUUUGUCAUAAAUUAAUGAUUUUGUUAAUGAUGAAAGAAAAUAACGAAUGUACUUCUUUGUCAAAAUCAUCUUUUAAAUAUUGUAAUGAUAGAGUAUUACAGUGAAUAUUAUAUAAAUUAAAGAAAAGUUUUCAAAAUAAAAGCGCAAAUGUUUGUAGAUCAUGCGUUAUACAUACAGAAGUUAUUUUUUGUUUUUAAUGACACAGUUUGUGAUAAUGUCACAUAUACAUGAAGAGCCAAAAUAUAUAUAUAUACAUAUAU